CCAUCUCCCUCUUGGCCUCUUCUCAAACAAAACAAAAUGAGUUCUUCGAGUCUCAAUCUCUUAGCCAUUUUCCUCAUCUUCUCAACUUUGUCCUUCUUCAUUUGCCUUGGCCAGAACACUCCUCAAGAUUUCCUUGAAGUGCACAAUGAGGCUCGAGCGCAUGUCGGUGUGGGUCCUCUCUACUGGAACCACACCCUCGCUUCCUACGCUCAGAACUACGCCAAUGAGAGGAGCCAUGACUGCAACCUUGAGCACUCCGGCGGGCCGUUUGGUGAGAACAUCGCUGAGGGUUACGGCGACAUGAAGGGCUCCGACGCCGUCAAGUUCUGGCUCACCGAGAGGACCAACUACGACUACCACUCCAACACUUGCGUCAAUGAUGAGUGCCUUCAUUAUACUCAGAUCAUUUGGAGAGAUUCUCACCAUCUUGGCUGUGCUAGGGCUAAGUGUACCAAUGGCUGGAUGUUCGUUAUUUGCAGUUAUGAUCCACCGGGCAACGUUGAAGGCCAACGACCAUAUUGAUUCACAUAUAAUAUAUAGACUGAGAAGUUGAAUGAGCAUGCUCAUUGUUUGUAAUGUGGACAACUUCUAUAUAUUUAUAGUUUAUUACAUACCUCAUUCUCAGCUUUAUUGCUGGAGAAUUAAUUAUAUUAAAUCAUGCCAUUAGGUGUGAUUCAAUGAUGAGGUGUACUUAUAAAUGUUAAUUCCUAUUAGUUUUUUUAAAAAAAAAUCUCAAGUUUCGUUUC